AUGCCCAAUGAUCAAGACGACCACCUGGCCUAUGGAGACUACCAUGGCGGCGCGCGCGACGAAAGUGGAGAGCGCGGCUUCGUCGGCCACUUUGGCCGCCGCAUUCUUGGGGAGAGAGCUGAGGCUGAGCCGUCUGAUAUAACUCCUGCGGACCCCCCACCGCACCACCGACCCUUCUCCCACCACCCCGCCGAGCCGCAGCAAGGCGAGCCUGACCACUACGAGCCCUAUUCCACCCAGAAACCGCCCCCGAUGGCUUCGUUCUUCAACAAGAUCGGCGAGAUGAUCUCUGGCCACGAGGAGGAGGAGCCGACCACCCACGAGCAGGUCAGCGCCGUCGCCGCUGAGACUGCCCAGGAGGGCGCUCCCAAGUUCGCCGACCACCGCUAUCUCAGCUUUGCUCCCGAGCGCCGUGACAACAACGUCAAGUGGUUCGUCGAUGGCUGCGGCUACAUGUGGGCUGUGUCUGAGGCGCUGGAGCACGCCAAGGAGUCCAUCUGGAUCCUCGAUUGGUGGCUUUCCCCGGAGCUGUACCUGCGUCGCCCGCCCGCCAAGAACCAGAUGUACCGCCUUGACCGCAUGCUGCAGGCCGCUGCCGAGCGCGGCGUCAAGGUCAAUGUCAUCGUCUACAAGGAGGUCGAGCAGGCCCUGACCCUUUCCUCCAAGCACACCAAGCACCACCUCGAGGGCCUGCACCCCAACAUCGCCGUUCAGCGUCACCCCGACCACUAUGUCGACAGCAACACCCUCACACAAGAUCUCAUCGACGAGUUCAAGAACUUCAACUUGAGCGCCAAGGCCAUUUCCACAGCUCCUUGGGAUGCCUUCAAGGCCGUCUACGGUUCCACCGAAGACACCGUCCUUUUCUGGGCCCAUCACGAGAAGCUGUGCAUUGUCGAUGGCAAGACCGUCUUCAUGGGUGGUCUUGACCUCUGCUAUGGCCGUUGGGAUACCAACCAGCACCAAAUCGCCGAUGUCCAUCCCGGCGACCUGAACGAGAUCGUCUGGCCCGGUCAGGACUACAACAACGCUCGCAUCAUGGAUUUCCAGGAUGUUGAGAACUGGCAGAACAACAAGCUCGAUCGUCAGGAGAGCUCUCGCAUGGGCUGGUCCGACGUUGCUCUGAGCAUGAACGGUCCCAUCGUGGCGGAUCUGCAGGAGCACUUCACCCAGCGGUGGAACUACAUCUUCCACGAGAAGUACAAGAUCAAGAACGACGGCAGGUUCCAGCGUCUGGACGUGAAGAAGCCCGCCGCUCGGCAAGAGGACAACGACCUUGCCUAUGGCGAGGAGCAGGAGAGCGGCUACGGCUUCCGCAAGACCCUCACCAGCCUUUCGCACCACGCACACCACCAAUUCGAGCGUGCUGAACACCACCUCGGCUAUGGUCAGCAGGACAGCUCUGAGGGUCAGCACCAAAUCGAUUCGAACGACCGGGCCGGCACUGGUGAAGCUGCGAUUCAACUGACUCGUAGCUGCGCUGAGUGGAGCCACGGCUGCACGGUUGAGCACUCGAUCCAAAAUGCGUACAUCGAGAACAUCAAGAACAGCAAGCAUUUCAUCUACAUUGAAAACCAGUUCUUCAUCACGGCAACAUGCGAGGACCAGAAGCCCAUCAAGAACAUGAUCGGUGCCGCCAUCGUCGAGCGUGUUCUGCGCGCCCACAAGAACGGCGAGAAGUGGAAGGCCAUCAUCAUGAUUCCGGCUGUCCCUGCUUUCCCUGGAGACCUCAAGGCAGAUGAGGCUUUGAGCACUCGCGCCAUCAUGGAGUUCCAGUACAAGUCGAUCAACCGUGGUCACGGCAAGAGUAUCUACGAGACCAUCGCUGCCGAAGGCAUCAACCCGUUGGAGUACAUCCGCUUUUACAACCUUCGUAACUACGACAGACUCAACAUCAGCGGCUCUCUUGAGAAAGCCGAGGAGAAUGGCGGUGUGUCGUAUGAAGACGCUCGUGACGAGCACGACCGCCGUACUGGCGGUCGCUACCAGGAGCGCGAUGGUAGUGAGGACGGCUACCCCCGCGGUGAUGAUGAGGAUGGCCGCUACGAGGAUUACCAGCGUGGUGCCCGUAAUCUCAGCCGGGACAGAGGCCUGGGCAGCGGGCGCUGGGACAGCGUUGCCGAGUGCUACAUGCUUGGUGGCGAGGACAUCAGGAAUGUUCCCUGGUCCGGCACCAUUGACGAGAUUGACGCCUUCAUCACCGAGGAGCUUUACAUCCACUCGAAGCUUCUCAUCGCUGAUGACCGCGUCGUCAUCUGCGGUUCCGCCAACCUCAAUGACCGCAGUCAACUGGGCAACCACGACUCUGAAAUUGCCGUCGUCAUUGAAGACCCCACUCCCUGUGACUCGCUUAUGGAUGGUCGGGAGUGGCGUGCAUCCAAGUUCGCCGCCAGUCUGCGUCGCCAGAUUACGCGCAAGCAUCUUGGCCUUCUCCCUGCGCAGGACUACAGGCGUCCCGAUGAGAACUUCCGCCCGAUCGGCGUUCCGAACAUCUACGAUUGGGGCAGCCGCGAGGACGAGCUCGUCGUCGAUCCCGUGUCGGACGACUUCCUCAGCCUCUGGAACACCACGGCGAAGACCAACACCGACGCCUUUGCCGAGGUCUUCCACGCUGUGCCGUAUGACGGCGUGCGUACCUGGGACCAGUACGACGAGUACUACGAGCGCUACUUCAAGGAAGACACUGCGGAGAAGGAGGAGAAGGACGAGGAGGCCAAGGAAGAUGGGGGCAGGGAGGGCGCGCCUCGCCGGUACAAGCGUGGCCACGUCAUUACCGAGAACUUUGCACCGGGUGAGGAGGGUGCCCGCCAGGUCAAGGACAUUCUCAGCAGGGUUAGGGGCACGCUCGUCGAGAUGCCGCUGCUCUUCCUCAAGGACGAGGACGUUGCGAAGAGCGGUGUUCAGCUGAAUGCUUUCACCGAAGAGGUCUACACUUGA